ACACACGCGCGCCCUCCCCCACGCCGGAGCCACCCCCGGGCGCUCCCUGCGGGCUGUGCGCAGGGCCCUCCCACCGCGCCGGGGCCGCUCCGUGCCGGGCCGAGCGGAGCCGCGCCGCUGCCGUCCGGGCCGCGCCGCCAUGCUGGGCAUGAUCAAGAACUCGCUGCUGAGCAGCGUGGAGGCCUGGCCCUACCGCGUGCUCAGCCAGGGGCCAGCGGGGGAGGUCGCCUACGAGGAGAGGGCGUGCGAAGGCGGGACGUUCGCCACCGUGGAGGUGACGGGGAAGCCGUUCGAUGAAGCCUCCAAGGAAGCGGUGCUCAAGCUGCUGAAAUACGUCGGAGGAACCAACGACAAGGGGGUUGGAAUGGGCAUGACUGCCCCUGUCUCCAUCACUGCUUUUCCUGCUGAAGAUGGCUCCUUGCAGCAGAAAGUGAAGGUCUUUCUGCGGAUCCCAAGCCAGUUUCAAGCCAGCCCUCCCUGUCCUAGUGAUGACAGCAUUAAGAUUGAAGAGAGACAGGAGAUGACCAUUUACUCCACGCAGUUUGGUGGCUACGCCAAAGAGGCAGAUUAUGUGAAUUAUGCUGCCAAGCUGAAGUCCGCUCUGGGGACCGAAGCCACGUACCGCAAAGAUUUCUACUUCUGCAAUGGCUAUGACCCCCCUAUGAAGCCUUAUUGGCGACGCAAUGAGGUCUGGUUUGUGAAAGAGUGAGUGCCUGGCUCCUGGUGGUGCUAGCCCCUGGCACUGAGAGCCUCCCCACCCUACGUCCCUGUCCUCUUUGAAAGAAACUAACAAUUUUGCAGAGGCAGAAAACUGUCAUCCCCUCCCUUCACACCCAUGCCUUGUUCCUUUAAUGGACCAACCGUUUUAGAAGAACAGCGCAAAGCCCUGACGAUGCCUCCUUCCCAGGCCUGGCUGCUCCUUCCCUCCCGACCGAGUCCUCAGCCACACGGACUCUCAUGAUUUCUCAGUGGCUUGCUCUUAUCUUCUCUUACGCUCCCAGAGGGAGCUGAGACAGCUAAAAUACUUAAUUAGCAAGGCUGGUGCCUGACAGGAGUCACGUCCAAAUGCUGGCAGACUGCUAGGCUUACCUGAGGCAGGCAGGAGGAUGUGACCAAAGUGCAUACAGGGACUUUUUUUAAAUCUUUUUGAGCUUGCUGCAGCUUUAAACGCUGCUUUUACCUGUGCCAUUCCACAAAGCAGUCUAAAGGGACAUGAAUGUUUGCUGCAAACAGUCCAGUGAAAAGGAGCAUCCUCUUCAUUUUCUCAGUGUGAAGUAGAGCAACACUUUCACCAUCUGACCAAGAAAUAUCACUUAGAGGAAGAUCCCAGAUUAUGUUUAUGAAAUCUCUUCUGUUUGAGAGGUGGGACGCUUUGGGGUAUGUUAUGGCCCGACAUUAGCUAGGUGCUAGACAGUGUGAUGUGGAGACCUCAAGAGCGUUUCCUAACCUUCUUAUUAUUUAUGUGCAAUAUUUCUUCUCUAAAAUUAGGUUACACAGGGGCCACAGUUGAAAUGUGCAUGUUAACCUAAUUGGAUGAGAAGAGUACAAACUGUGAAAGAAGCAGGUGGCUAUUACUUGUGAUCUGAGUGUGAAUUUCAGGAAUGGUGAGCAUCUAGUCAUGGGAGCAACUGUGGGUGCAGCUCCUUUGAAAAGCUCCUUUCUUUAAUGGUGUCAGUUCCAGAGGGGCUACUCAGAGCAGUUGUCUUUAAAGGACAAAAGCCUGCUUGUUUUUGAAAACAGGGAUUUACUGAUCAAAUAAUGAGUAGCCACUUCAGAAAUUUCAAGUAGAAUAGUAAGGAUGAGUCUUGUUUUAGGAACAGUGUGAUUGUUUAACUAUUUACAUUAAACCAGCAUUUUAGCUGUCAGCUCUCUACCAGGCAGGCAGCAGGACACCUGUAAUGAGAACGUGCACCAUGCUACAGUGGGUGCCUGUGUAAUUUGUUAACUUCAAGUAAAAGAGGUGUGUUCCUGUGAUGCUAAAGUGCCUCAAAGUCCAGAUGCUUUCCAAAAGCCAUUUUCUGUUUAGAGCGGAAAGAGAUUUUUUCAGAUGGAAGCCAAGUUCUGGCUGGUCAGGAGCUUUCUGACAUGUUCCCUUUUUCUGAAAGCAACUCUUAGCAGUAAAAGGAAAAAAAUCUUAGCAGUAAAAGGAGAAAGAGCUUUGUUGUGGGCCUCACAAGAGAGUUUCAGUUCCCUGUGUGUAAGAGCAGCUGGUCAGGCUGAGAAAAAAGAGCAGGUGAUUAGUUAAUUUUCCAAAAAUAAAAGCAAAGGGAAAACUCUUGGCUGCAGUUAGUGAUUGCUGCACAGGGGAGGAGGAAUCAAAAGGAAAUCAGCGUAGACAAAGAGUUAGGAGUCGUAGCCAUGAAGCAGUUUUCUGAGCAGCAAAAGCUUUUCUAAGGCUGUCCCCAUAUCCUGGAUUAUUUUUGCCUGCGUGGGUGAGGAAUGGAGGGACGUAGUGCUGCCUGCUUUAUGUAUUCAUGGAUUGAUUUGGAGACUCUUGCAUAGACUUUCUGUAGAUACAGUCCUUUCUGGCUUUGGGUGAUGGAUGUUUUGCAAUGAUUGAAAUCUUAAAAUUUCAAAAUUUCUCAAAGUUUCUCAAAAUUUCCCCUGUGAAACCUUCAAAUGUUGGGAAGGCCGAUAAUAAAUCUAAUAUGAACAGAGCUCCACAUCUCAUCGGCAUGGUACAGGAGGAAAACAGAGUUUUCACAACAUGAAUAUGCUCUUCCUGAACAGAGGGCAAAAGCUGCUGACCCAAUAGUGAAAGUAACCAAGUCUGUAGGCUCUGCCUGUGCAGUCGUACUACUGGCUAAGUGGCCUGUCCUUUUGCAUGCAGUAAAUAGGGUAUUGUUUCAUAGGCAGUGCUACUGAUAUCAAAAGUUAUGCAAGCUGAAUUGCCUUUUCUUCACAAGCAAAGAUGCCUGUGUUCUGUCUGCACUUUACAGAGUUUUAAAUAAAUAAAAAAAUGCAUUAACAUUGUGAAGUACAGUUUUUGUGCUGAUCACUGACUCUGUGAGCUUGGUGGAAAUUGUUGAUUUGAAAGACCUUAGGUUGCCAGUUUAUCAAAAUCUGUCUUAUUCUUUCUGUUUGGGGUACUAAAAAUGGCACAAUAUCUAUAAAUAAUCAAUAUCUAUAAAUAAUCAUCAUACUUUUCCCAAUAAAUUGCUAUUUUAUGUA